AGGGCAGCAGGACCGGUACGUCCCGCAGCGCCCAGCGAAUGGGGAGCGGGCGAGAGGCGACCCGGGGCGAGAGGGAAACAGCCGCGGGGCGGGAAGUCGCUGCCCGGAGGAAGCGGCAGGCCGGCCCCUCGCGCUCCGCCCCGGCCGGUGGUUGGCCACGCCGGGCGUUGGGGGCGGGGCUAAGUCACUGCGGCCCUGGGGCGAUGGUGCUGGGGUCUAUGGCCGCCCCGGCCGGGGCCCCCGCCCACCACGAAGGUCACUCGUCCGGCGGUGGCUGAGGAGCCCGAUGGCCGCACGUGGCAGAGAUGCCAUCGCCUGGUACCAGAAGAAGAUUGGAGCCUAUGACCAACAGAUAUGGGAAAAGUCUAUAGAACAGACUGAGAUGAAGGGCUUCAAAAACAAACCAAAAAAAAAGGGCCACAUACAGCCUGACCUGAUAGAUGUUGACUUAAUCAGAGGCUCCACAUUUGCCAAAGCCAAGCCUGAAAUCCCAUGGACGUCACUAACUAGAAAGGGGAUUGUGCGGGUUGUGUUUUUUCCAUUAUUCAGCCGUUGGUGGAUUCGGGUUACAUCCCAGCGUAUUUUUAUGUGGCUUCUGGUCCUUUACCUCAUGCAAGUUAUAGCAGUCGUGUUGUAUUUCAUGAUACCUGUUGCAAGUGCAAGUGAAAUCAUUGGACCAAUGUGCCUUAUGCUACUGAUGGGAACUGUUCACUGUCAGAUCGUGUCCACCCAGAUCAACAAACCCCCGGGAACCAAUGGAAGCAGCAGCAGCAGGAGGCGGAGUAGAAAAUUACGCAAACCUGUGGGUAGUGAUGGGAGCAGAGAUGCUGGCAGCUGGUUUUCCUCUGACAAAGCCAAUAAAGGAGACAAGCAGUUGGAACCUACAUCCAUCAUCAACAGUUUGUUUGGCAUGAUCUUCCGCAGGAGGUUAAGGAGGGUGAAAUUGGUAGCUGAUAAAGGGACUGAAACAGAAAGUGGUGUGAGUUCUGUGUAUAGUGGCAUUAAGCACAGACUUUCCAGAUCCGAAUAUAGGCUGCUGCAUUUCAAAGAGAGAGAGAGACUUUCAGAUGGGGAGAAGAGUCAUCGGAACAUAAAUAUGCUAAACAUGGAAACCUGUGGGAAGAAUAAAGGAGGCCUCUUUAUACUGAAAUGCUUGUUUAUUUGGAUGGUCUUCAAUUCAAAGGAGGGCGGCACACAUAUGGGUGGCAUUUCUGAUGAGCUGUCAAGUGAAGAGGAUGCUGAAGCCAUGGCACAGAGGAUUUUGUUACGCAGAAGUGUAGAAGGGGCCUCCAGUGACAAUAGCUACGAAGACAAGAAUAGGAGACCUCUUACUACUUCAAACCAGUCAGUUUCACAGGUCAAUCAAGCCAUUAAAGGUACCAGAGAGUCCGAUAGUGUGGAAGAAUCUGAACUAGACUCAACAGCCUUUAGUCAGGAAUCAAGGUCUUGUUUUAGUGGUGGGUCCCAGAGCUGCAGUGUGUCUCGGAGAGACUCUGAAAGCACCCGCCAUGACUCUGAGACAGAGGACAUGCUCUGGGAUGAUCUGCUUCAUGGACCAGAGUGCCGUUCUUCCUACACCAGUGACAGCGAGGAAGGGAAUGUAAAAGGAAGUAAACGGGACCUGAAAGACGAUGUUUUCCAACAGAAGCAUUUGUUCUGGCUUCAGAAUACGAGCCCUGCAUCUGCAAAAGUAAGUGCCCUGAUCUGGGAGGGAAGUGAGUGCAAGAAGGUGGACAUGUCUGUGCUGGAGAUGAGCGGGAUUAUCAUGAGCAGAGUUAAUGCCUAUCAGCAGGGAGUAGGCUAUCAGAUGCUGGGAAACGUUGUCACCAUUGGGUUAGCAUGUCUUCCUUUCCUCUACCGGCUCUUCCAUACAAAGAAUCUUGAACAGCUGCGAUCCAUUUCAGUGAAGGAACUUUUGAAUAUCUUUUGUGGGGCUCCUACCAUCACCCCUGUCAUUGUCUUGGCUGUGAUUAACUUCCUUGAGCGUCUCUGCCUGACUUGGAUGUUUUUCUUUAUGAUGUGUGUUGCUGAGAGAACGUACAAACAGCGGUUUUUGUUUGCCAAACUUUUUAGUCACAUAACAUCUGCCCGGAAAGCCAGGAAGUAUGAAAUCCCCCACUUCAGACUCAAGAAGGUGGAGAAUAUUAAAAUUUGGUUAUCACUGCGCUCCUAUCUAAAGAGGAGAGGGCCCCAGCGAUCUGUGGAUGUAGUUGUCUCUUCAGUCUUUUUAUUGGCUCUAUCAAUUGCUUUCAUAUGCUGUGCACAGGUUUUAAAAGGGCACAAAACCUUCCUGAAUGCGGCUUACAACUGGGAGUUCCUCAUCUGGGAAACAGCCCUCCUCCUUUUUCUACUGCGCCUGGCAUCACUGGGCUCUGAAACUAACAAAAAAUAUAGUAAUAUUUCAAUCCUGCUCACUGAACAGAUCAACUUAUACCUAAAGAUGGAAAAGAAGCCAAACAAGAAAGAACAGCUCUCCCUAGUGAACAAUGUUUUAAAACUGUCUACAAAGCUACUGAAAGAAUUAGACACACCAUUUAGACUCUAUGGCCUGACUAUGAACCCUUUAAUCUACAACAUCACACGAGUUGUGAUCCUGUCUGCCAUAUCAGGCGUUAUAAGUGAUCUUCUUGGAUUCAAUAUCAGAUUAUGGAAAAUCAAACCAUGAACUGGCCAAGGCUCAGCCCUCAAUGCUGUGAGGAUUAUCAAACCAUCAGGACAACACUGGAUAGAAGCAAGACAUUGGCUUGAGGCAGAGGUGGUCCUAAAUUUUGGCAUAUUUCUUUGUGUAUCGAAGAUGUUUUCUCACAUUGCUUAGUUUUGGAGCCUACAGAAUAAACUAGACUUGUGAGGGCAGCCCAGGACUUGUAGACUAAGUAAACAAAACUUGAUUUGUCCAUCAGCAGUGUGACACUGUUAAGGGCAUUUCCGUAUUAAGUAGGGGCCAAAGUAUGCAGUAAUCAGACAUUUUGGAGGGGCCUCAAAACAGUAGGAAAACAAUAUGGGAUUCUGUAUCCAACAGCUUGUGGCCAUGGCCCUGUUAAAGCCUAUUUGUAUAUGGAUAGAUAAGUUACUGCAGCAGGUUGGCUCUUUGUUACACAACUAACUUGCUGUGGCAGCUUCUCCAUUUCCUCUUCGUUAACAUGAGACCUUUAAUUCCACUGCAGUAAGUCAGUACUAGGACUCCCAAUUACUGCUUUAAGAGAUAAAUAAGCUCUUCAUUUGUUAAAAUAUGGUGUUAAGGCCUUGACAAGAGGACUUACUUUCCUAAUAACUGUCCAGGCUAAAUGCAUUACAGCUGAGCAGAACAUUCCAGGUGCUGGAUAGUUAGGGGGUAAACUUUAAAAUUCUGCUAUCUGUGCCUUUUUAGUUUACAUAUUAGAGCAGAUCCCUGUUCCUCUUUCCAUCAACUGCAUCUUCCUCUAGUGCCCCAUUUGAUAGACAGGUGCCAUGUGUGUAGUGACUUCAAGUAAAGAAACAUUCAUUUAAGUGCCUUUAGGCUAGAGAGGCCAGGUCUGCUUUGGACCUUGCCCCUUUAUUCUGUGCUACUGCAGCCUUUCAUGAAAGUCAGUCCACCCAAGGUAAAUAUUGCCUCCAAAGGCACUUGGUUAAACUUUCAGUUGCAUAGCAACAUUAAAGCGACUCGGCUGCACACACCAGGGGAGAUGAUAGUUUUUAUAUAAUUAAGUGUUCUUCAGACAACUCAUUAUUCUUGACUGAUAAGCCCUAAUAGAACAAGCAAAGCAUUCUCCACAAGGGAAUAUGCUAACACUUGUUCUCUACAACCGCUCAAUCUGUAAAGCACCAUCAGUGUAUAAACACUUUUCACAAUGUUGGUAGCAGCUAGAAAACUGAAGAAUUAACAUUUUACAUGUAACACUUAAUCUUUGGUAAUGACUUGGUUAGAGUUUUGAGGAGGUGGGUCAAUAGGACUGUUAAAGCAUUCUGGAAAAUAUUAAUGCUUUCUACUUCUAUAGUGCCUUACCUUUCUAACACAGGUAAGUAUUAUUCAGAGGUGUGGUAAAAGUGAAGAAAAGAAGACUCCUCUGUUCUAAUGCACAGCCUCCUAAAAGUAUACAGUAGCUGCCUUUUUAUGCAACACUACUGAUAAAGCACCUUGGACAAAGAAGUAAAUGGCCCUCUGGGGUAAGGACUGAUUGUUAAAACCAGGUGAGAGGCAGGAAUGUGAUAACCUCUGCUUCAGCAUGAGAUCUAAGUCUACAACUGGUAUGAGGAAAGAAUCUAAAGCCACCUCCCUAGGAGAAAUUGUUUUGCUGCAAGUGCAGCUUGUGUUUUCCUUAGGCUGGUGACUUUUUCAAUAAAUUAAGAAAUAGUAAGUCAGUCAUAGGACUAAUAUUGAGAGAAAAGGAUACCUUUAACUCCACUGUUCCAUCUCACGCCAUAAAGGGACGAUGACAUAGGUCAUUUUUUGUAGUAAAUUGUUUAUGCAAAGCUAUUUUCUGUACAAUGAAAAGUAGUAAAAAUGUAUAAAGUGACAUUUAAAAUACAAAUAAACCCAUGGAAGCAAACUCCAUCAAA